UCACCAUAAACAUGUUUGCACUCCCUCCAAAGCCAUGGUUUCGUCCUCUUCCUUUUCGUCGUACCUCCCGCACAGUUUUUGGAUGAGCGAGUAAUGUCGAAAGCGUCGUCCACGAGGCCUCUGUUUACCGCCUCUUCCGAGUAUGCUCCUCGCAAUCGUGGACCCAUAACGACGCUUUUCGACUACCCGACAUCAUGCCUCGCGACGCCUACGCUGGCUCCUAAGCAGGCGACUUUUUAUUUUGCGCAUCAAGGCCAAGACAAUUACUUUGACCCUUCGUGUUUCCCCAGGGGAACAAUCAAACCAGAGAACCUUCAGAGUGCACAUUGGGGUUUGUACUAUUAUAGUCCUGCGAUAUGCCCGAAAGGAUGGAAUCAAGUCCGGACGUAUGCGAGAACGUUGCCAGGCUUUACUGAAGAUAUAUCCAUAGGCCAGGGCACUUCCGUAGCUCUUUGUUGUCCAUCAGGUUAUACAUCUGUCAGUCCAGCCGGCCAUGGCCACAAAUGCUCAUCCGCCUUCUCGCAAGACCAGGUGGUCACUUAUAUUUUCCCCACGAUGAAGGGACCUGGUGAUUGGGAUGUGCCGGUAUCGACGAAGACUCACGCUGCACCUGCCAAUCCUUCAAUUGUAUACGGAGAUGGCGUGGUGGUAAUGUGGCAGAAAACCGACGAAGCAGUAUUGGCAGCGGCUGCGCAAGAGACAUCAACAUCUCAGACGGGGUCCAAUACGUCUACUAGCACGGCAUCACCGCCGACAUCACCACCCGCUGCAGGGGGUUUGUCGACUGGCACCAAAGCGGGAAUCGGUGUCGGGGUGGCUAUCCUCGCCCUGGUCGCUCUGAUGAUAGGGUGGUUGUUUCUCAGGCGGAGGAAGAAACACUCAGAAAGCUUGCACGAGGUCCCAGCGCCAAGAGAGCUCGACGCGGGACGAAGCAAUGUAGUAGAGGCCGCGCCGGGUGAUCCGCCGAAAGAAAUAUACAGUCAAACGAGGGAGCCGGUCCACGAGAUGCCACCGUAGACACAUGAAUUGUUAAUGCUCUCUCAAUCUUGAUCGAUCAGUACGGCAGCAAAGCGAGAAUAAGCACACAAGAGAACCGGCUACGGUACUCAGCUUACAUUAAUAUAUAUUCGGUCUCGGAUCGUGCUUUUCGUCGAAAGCUCUGACCGAGCGAGUUGUACUAGGACGGACUAUGCCAACGCAGAUAUGUAGUUGCACAUGUUUACGACUUGCGUCACGAUGGGCUGACUUUGCAAAGCACGCUCAGAUCAAUCAAUACAUUCGACAUAGGACAAUGGAACACUAGGCCGCUGUAGUGUCAGGAAAUGAUGGAAAAUCGUUUCCAGAACGAGUC